AUGUCCCUAAUCAAAUGGCACGACCAAUGGCCUGGAGGCAUCCCCUCCUCAAUUCGCCAACACGAAAAACCGGUCCAAGACGUGGCAUUCGCCACUCGUGCAUGGAGGUAUUUUGUUCGUGAACAGUGGGUCAACGUCGACGGCACUGCCGUAGAUCAACAGAGACGAGUCCUGGUCGAGCGGUGGGCAACAGCAGAGCAGGAAUUCCGAGACAGCUACGAAUCACAGGCACCAGAUGACGAUCCCUGCUUUGAAGAUCCUGAAAAGGACGCCUGUCUCGUUGGGAGGUCCAAAGACUGCUCUAGCGAUGUCUACAUCUGUCUUACCGAAUGGACACCGGAAAAGCAAGCCCUACUCGCCAAGAUUAUUCUGACCCUGUUCAAUGGAUUAGAUGGUAGCUUCAAGUUUGACUUUUUGGCCACUAAUAUCUCGAUGAUGCUGCCAUUCGAAGAUAACCAGGGGGACAUUGUCGACAAAUUCAAGUUCCUUCAGAGUGUUGCGCGACCGAAUUUCUUCGACAUACACAUGGCGCUGGACGGAACUGUACUCUUUACGGAUACAGCGCCCAAGUUGGUUAUCGAUGACCGGACUCUGGAGACUGGGCUGGCACUUUGGGUCCAGUUCGAAUCAAAUGGGAUGAGGGAGCUGGUGUAUCGGCCGCAAAUGUUAAUGGAAGAGUUUCCAUACUUUUAUCUUGAUAUUCAUUAUAACUCGGAGCGUUUGGAUAAUGCACUCAUAUACAUGGAGGAUAGUAUUGAGGAAAUGGGUCCAGAGAGCAUUCUAGAAGAUGAGCCGGUGGCGAUGCGGCGCCCAUUUAUGGAAAUCUAUCUUUCGUCGAAAGAUAUUAGCGAUUAUGUUGAUCUAUACGCGCCUGGGUUUCGCGAGGCUGAGAAUUCGGGGGGUGGUUUGGCGAUUGGGUAUGAUUUGGAACGAAUACUAGUGGGUAAAGGACGGUCCCUGAUGAUUGUGGAAGAUGGUCUAUGCCCUCGGCAGAAGUAG